AAAAGGGUGGCGUCGGUUGACCUUCUGUUCAGCUGACUCGCCCUCCCGUACGCCUCAAUCCGCGUGGCCAAGCAGAACGGAAAAAAAAUAAAACCCAAAGAGAGACAGCGUGGUCGUGUCGUCCCUCCGCCCAUGAAGCCCGAUCCAGGGCUUCUUCUUCUUCUUCUUUUCGCCCCCAAUUCCCCUCCUCCUCUCCUCUUCUUAUUCCCAUGGCUGGCCGUCCCAUUCCCCGCCUAGGGUUAGGGUUCUCGUCCCCUUCUUGAUGCGUGAGCCGUGAGCCUACCAUGGUCCUCCGCCGCGAUGCCUUGGUGGAAGAGCCUUACCAAUUCGCCCUCCACCUCCUCACCCCGAAAAAGCUCCUCGUCCUCCUCCACGGCAGCCUCCACCCCGGACUCCCCCCACCGGAGCACUCGCCGCGACGUGGCCUCCUUCUUUAGCCGCCACCAGCAACCCCGCCUCACCCGCCAGCGCAAGCUCCGCCACCCCCGCGACCUCGAUAUCCACGGAAUCGACGGCGGCGCUGCCACCGCCGCUGAUCCCCCCGGCUCAGCUAACUCGACCCCGGUAUCCCGCUCCUCGAGCAACAUCGACUGCGCGCUGCCCUUGCGGUCGUCCUCGUCACCCGUGCUGCCCCAGCCGCUCCCCCUUCCGGAAUCCGGGCAGCUGGUGUUUGAGUUCUCGUCUCCGAGCGGUCGCCCCCUGCCUUCCCCCAGAGGGGCUCCGCGCAGACCGGAAGCCGAGGAAGGGAACGGCGCCGCCGCUGCUCCGACUGCGGAUUCGUCGCCCCUCAUCGAGCCGAUCGGCAAGAGGCCUAAUUCGGUAUCUGUAGCUGGGAGUGGGUUGGCCAACCAUAUCGCUCGCUUAAAUCUGGAGCAAAAUGAUAUACCAUUAAAUGGAUCUGCUUUUAGCCAUCAUAAGAAGGUGUUCCAAGAUCCAAAUUCUUUUGACGCUGGGAAAUUCAUGUUAAAUAUACCUGCUAAAAGUGCUCCAAACAGUGGGUUUUCAAGUCCUGUACGUAGUCCUCGAAGAUUGAGCAAUGUGGACAUUUCCACUACUGGAAUUGUCUCUCAAGGUUUGCAACACUGGUCAUCUCCAGAGAUCCCUUCAAUAGAUAUGACAAUUUUUUCUCCCCAAGCUUCCCCCGAGAAAAUUAUUAGUAGUCCUGACCGCUCGCCGCUUCAUAGUCCGGCAAGGAAAAGUCCUGUUUUGAGACCAAGAAAUCCUAGUGCACCUCCAUCACCAUUGCAUUCGAAGAUGUUCCCAGACAAUCCUGUCACAUGGCAUGAAAGUAAUAAUGUCAGCGUCCAUCCUCUGCCCCUCCCUCCAGGAGCUCCAGCUCCUUCACCAUCAAGUUUUGUUCAUCAGACUGCAGCAAAACCUGAGGUAUCACGGAUGACGGGUCAGUGGCAGAAAGGCAAACUUAUUGGAAGUGGUACGUUUGGGAAUGUUUAUGAAGCCACCAACAGGCACACUGGAGCUUUAUGUGCGAUGAAGGAGGUCAAUAUAAUUCCUGAUGACUUCAAGUCUGCCGAAUGUUUAAAACAGUUGGAGCAGGAAAUAAAAUUUCUUAGUCAAUUUAAGCACCCAAAUAUCGUGCAGUACUAUGGGAGUGAAAUUAUUGAGGAUCGCUUUUACAUAUACUUAGAGUAUGUUCAUCCUGGUUCAAUCAAUAAGUAUGUUCGUCAGCAUUGUGGAGCUUUGACAGAAUCAAUGGUUCGCAAUUUCACUCGUCAUAUUCUUAAUGGGUUGGCGUACUUGCACAGCAAAAAGAUAAUGCACAGGGACAUCAAAGGUGCAAAUUUGCUUGUAGAUGUGAACGGUGUUGUUAAGCUUGCUGAUUUUGGGAUGGCAAAACAUUUGAGUGGAGCGGCAGCGGUACUUUCGCUUAAGGGGACACCACAUUGGAUGGCUCCAGAGGUGUUGCAGGCUACAAUGAACAAAGAUAUUGGUUAUGAUCUUGCUGUUGACAUAUGGAGUUUGGGCUGUACAAUAAUUGAGAUGUAUACGGGGAAACAUCCUUGGAGUGGUCUUGAAGGGCCAGCAGCUAUGUUCAAGGUCUUACAUAAAGAUCCACCUAUUCCUGAAACAUUGUCCUCUGAGGGUAAGGACUUUCUUCAGCGUUGCUUUCGUAGGAAUCCAGCAGAAAGGCCAACAGCAAACAUGUUGCUUGAACAUCCUUUUAUACGGAACUCCCACCAUUACAACCUUCAUGGCUCCAUUGAGGCAUUUCCAGGAAUUAAAAUAGAUACCACGUAUGGUUCAAGAGAUAGAACCACCUCAAAAAGUGACUCGUGCAUGAAUGCAAAGCGGGCAUCUAAUGGCGAGGCUAGCCAUUCUUGUCCUGAAACUUCUGAAUCAGCAGCCUCCAGUCCCUUGCCUUAUUCCAACUCUGAGUUUGCAUCAGGUUUCUCCCCACCUCAUCCAAAUUACAUUGGGCCAAAUCUGCCUGGCUCUACAACAAAGGUUUUGAAUGGUACCCAAUUGGCUGGUGGCAGCUUUCAGCCACAUGUGUUACCCAAGCCUCACGGAAAGGAAGUUUUGAAACUCUGAUUUUGGCUGGUUGUAUUCCUCUCAGAAUCAAAAGAAGGUGCUUUGAACAGUAUCCAGAUUUGGGAGGCUGGCAGCCACGUGACAAAGGCCAUUCAAUUCUUUUAAGGGCUGAGUUGUAUGGUUGGGAAUGAAUACCAUCAUGCCCUCUGAUUUUUCUCCCGCUGCCUUUUUCACUUUUGCAACUCUGCUUGGAGAGUAUUAAUUCACAUAACUACGAGGGUACGGGAGGUUAUUCAUCCUGCAAAUUGGCCUCGCUUGAGCUGGUUACUCUUUAUAUAAUGUUGGACAGGGGAGAUAGGGAGCCAUUUGUUGUACACUACUGUUGCAUUGAAGAACUUCAUCAAGGGCUGAAGUUCAAUGUCCAGGGACACGUUGAUCACAUUAGUGUGUAUGUAGUUUCCGAAUCAAAAGUCAGUUGUAGAUAAUCUUAGCCCCUCAUUGUAUGUUCUUGGUGAACUACUUUUUCACUAAUUAUUGCCAGUAAAUCGAGGUGUUACAGUCAUCAAUACAAGUUCCUUAACAAAUUUAAUCAUGGGUUUACAAAAA